AUGCCAAGCAUUGAGGAGCUGAAGAAGUUCAUUAAGACCCAUGAGGUCAAGAUUGAUGAUGCAGAGCAAGAGGUGGCCAACGAACCCAACAAAAAGAAAAAGAAGGACUUGGAAAAUGCCUUGAAGAAGCUCCAGAACGAUGAGAAGUAUGUCAAGGCCAAAGAAGAAGUAAAGGCUGCAGAAGCUCAGGCUCAGAAAGAGGCUGAACGUGCAGCACUGAGUGGCAAGGCCGCAGACAAGAAGGCCGAUGCGAAAGGCAAAAAGAAAGAGGAGACCAAAGCUGCUCCAAAGGCUGAUGCCAAAGUGGAUGAGGCCACUUUCAAAGAAAUCGAUGAAGCCUUCGCGGCUUCGGGCAAGGAUGCCGCGGAUCGCAAGGCCACCGCAGUGAGUACUUUGGAGAUGCUGGCAGCGGCCACACCCUUCGUCUUGCCCAGGUUGCCACAACUGAUCCCAUUAUUCGACAACAGCAAACUGGCGGCUCCUGCCCUCAAGGCCGCGACGGCGAUCGUGGAGCAGAUCGCUCCCGCGGGCCAUUCGGUGGCGGAUCGAGUGAUGCCACCGCUCUUGGCGGGCAUUGAGGACAAGAAAUGGAAGGUGAAAGCCGGAUGCAUUCAGGUCCUGCUGCCGGCUUUGAAGCAGAUGGAGGGCAGCACUUCUCUCCAAUUGGCCAAUUGCCUUCCAACCAUUGUCUCCAAGUUGGCCGAGGCGGCUUUGGAAGUGCGUGCCGAGAUUCGAUCCGCCACAGGUGCCGUUCUUAAGGAGAUCGGUGCCUUUGUUGGGAGCCCGGAGAUCAAGGCGCUGUCUCCGGACCUGGUGCAGGCUCUGGCGGAGCCCACGAAUCAGAAGCACACGCAGGGAGUCCUGGCCAAGAUGGGCAAUGCGACCUUCAAGUCCAUGAUCGACGAAGCCUCUCUGGCAUUGCUGUUGCCCAUCGUCAUGCGAGGGCUGAAGGACCGCGAAGCCAUGAGCAAGAAGUGGUCGGCACAGAUUUUUGGCUCCGCCGCGCUUUUGGUUCGAGAUGUCGACUUCUUAAAGCCAUACCUGAAGACCGCCCUGCCACUUCUUCAGGCGGCUCUCAACGACUCGGUGCCGGAGGUUCGCCGAGAGGCAGCGAAGGCCUACGGAAUCCUUGAGCAAGUGAUGCCUGAGUAUUCCAGGACGCACUGCCAGCCUUUCCUUUUCGGGAAGCUCCGCGCGGGCGACGCCUCGGAGCAGAUCGGUGCGGCCAUGGGCCUGGCGGAGGUCUUCGUGCGUAUGGAGAAGGCGAAGCUCACGCAGCUCAUGCCAGAGGUCCAGAAGGGUGCCAACGAGGAGAGCGUCACAGUGCGCCGUGGCUUUCUGGAGCUGAUGGAUACCAUGCCUCAGGCCAUGAAGAUGGAUUUCGUUCCCUACAUCGAACGCCUCUUCCCUGCGAUGCUCAUGGGCAUCAAUGGUGAGAAGGACCUGAGCGAUGAUCCAGCAAUGAAGGCGGCCCAGGCGUUGGUGGGCCGCUUUGGAGAUUUGUGCCCAGAUCUGCUCAUGGCGGCUUUUGAGGGCUCCUAUGCGAAAGCUUUGGGGUCCUCAGGUGACUGGAAGAAGAUGCAGAUCGUCCGCGAGAAAUCGAUGCAGCUCUUGUUGAAGACUGCUGAGAAGAUCCUGGAGCACAAGAAGUUUGGGCAGGACUUGCUGACCUGCGACGAAUGCUCCAACAAGGCCACCCGCUUGCGUGUGCUGAUCCUCUCUUUCGUGGCUCGCAGCGACCCCGACGCUGCUGUGAAGCGUGUGGCCAGCAACGUCUGGAAGACCUCCGGCGGAUCCCCGAAGAUGCAGAAGACGAUCAUCAAGGAGUUGUCUGAGAGCAUCCUGAAGUGGCGCGCAGGCUCCAUGGGCGCGGGUCUUCAAAAGGUGGCCAAGGAUGCCCUGGCGGAGCUGGUGAAGGCGGGCGAUUUGGAGGAGCCCAGUGAAGAUGCAGAGGCCGUGACCGGCGACUUCGCCUUCGAGGUGGCCCAGUCGAACAGUGCAGAGGCCGCACGCAUUGCCGCAGGUCAGGGCUCCGAUAGCCCAGCUGAUGAGGCCGACAUCAAGGAGGACUGCCAAAUGGUGAAGAAGGUUGAGAACUUCUGGAACAAGCAAGCGCUGUUUGGAAGUCUCCCAGGCGACUUGAAGAGCCAUGCCUUGUCGGUCUCGGAGAGCGUGAUUCGUGAGGGUCACAAGAAGAAACUCCCAGGGCCCAAGGUCGUUGAGGAGCUGCAGCUGGCCUUGCAGAUGAUUUGCCAAUGCUGCAAGGAGCAGGUGGAGGAGUUUUGCAAGUCUUUGCCUGAUAAUGUGGAGGCGCUGUGCCGUGAAGUCUUGGGUGAGGAUUUCGAAGGUCAACACCAUGAGGGCUACGAUGCGGGCACCCUGCUGAGAGUGGAGAACAUGUUGCUGAUGUAUGGUGCCGGCAAGCUCUUGCUGAAGGACACCAUGCUGGAGAUGAAGGCGAACCGCCGCUAUGGGGUGGUGGGCCACAACGGUGCCGGUAAGACCACCCUGAUGAAGGAGAUCGUGGCAGGGCGCAUCGUGGGCAUGCCCACGCACCUUCGCUGCGUGCACGUGGACGAUUCCAAGCUAGGUGAGAUGAGCAAGAGCAGCUUGAACGCCCUGGAAUAUGUGCAAAAGAAGGCCAUGGAGAUUGGCGUCACGGAUGCCUCGGCCGAGAACUUGCGGACUGUGGGCUUUCCCGAGAAGAUGUUCGAGGUGCCGGUGGCCGAGCUGUCCACUGGCUGGCGCAUGCGCUUGACCUUGGCCGUGUCUAUGCUGAAACAUGCAGACAUUGUCCUUUUGGAUGAGCCUACGAACCACUUGGACCAGGAGUCUGUGGAUUGGUUGGGUGACUACUUGUUGCAGUUGACCAGGUCCUCUGUCAUGGUCAUCUCCCACGAGCCGAAGUUCUUGAACAAGAUUUGCACUGACAUCAUCUCUUACAAGGACAGGCAGCUGGUCUACACCGAAGGAAACUUCGACGCUUUCGUGAUGGCCAAGGGUAUCAAGGCGGAUGACAUCGAGGCACUCUUGUCCGGAAACUUGAAGCUUGAUGAGGAGGAGGGCGAGGAAGGUGCGGAGGAAGCCGCCAAGGCGGCGGUUCAAGCGCCCAUCACUGGGCCUCCCAAGAUCAGCUUCCCAAUUCCCGGCUCCGUCGAGGGCGUGAAGUCCAGCUCAAAGGCGGUCAUCGAGUUCAAGAACCUCUCCUUCCGCUAUGGCAAGGACAAGGACUACCUCAUCACCGAUGUCGCUGGAAAGCUUUCCUUGGGCUCUCGUGUGGCGAUUUGCGGACGAAACGGCUGUGGAAAGUCCACGUUGAUGACCCUCAUCUGUUCAGAGAUGAACCCCUCUGAGAACAAGGACGGAAAGCUGGGCGAGGUGACCCGGCAUUGCAACCUGCGUGUGGCAUACAUGAAGCAGGACCACUUGAAGACGCUCGGCCCUUACUUCGACACCUCUCCCUUGAACUACAUCACCCAGCGCUUCAAGAACGGUUACGAUGAGGCCAGAUCUCUGACUGGAUCCCACCCGGAAAACAUACAUGGCGAAAAAUGCAGCUCGAAUGACUCGGCAAAUCCCCCAAGUGCACGCCCCCGUCUCCCACACGGGCUUUCUCCUCGAGGGUGCCCGUCCGGCGCCGCCACCCGUCCGCGCCGUCCCGAACGAGGCCUCGACAAGGUGGUCAUCGCCUGCGACGAGCGGAUCGCAGCCAAAGCGGCGGGCUUGGACCAGCGGCCGCUCACCCGCCGAGAGAUCACAAAGCAUUGCGAAGCCUUUGGAAUUGAUGAGGAGAUGUGCUGCAACCAGCAGAUCCGCGGCUUCUCUGCGGGUCAGAAGGUGAGACUCUCUUUGGCCGCUAUGUUCUGGACAAAGCCUCAUUUCAUCGCGGUUGACGAGCCCACCAACUACUUGGAUGUGGAGACUGUUGAGGCCUUAGCCAAGGCUCUGAACAACUUCCGGGGAGGCAUCCUGAUGAUUGAGCCCAAGAUGGAUUUCGUUGAGAAGGUUUGCAACGAAACUUGGACUAUGGAAGAUGGAAAGAUCACAGUGCAGAAGUUGGACAACGGCCUGAAACGUGUGGCCUAA